AUGCAGGAGGGCCAGCAGCUGAUCCAGGAGAAGCCGGAGCUCAGCCAGGUGGUGCGGAUGAAGCUGGAGGAGAUCAGGGAGUGCUGGCAGGAGCUGGAGAGCACCACCCAGGCCAAAGCCCGGCAGCUCUUUGAGUCCAACAAGGCCGACCUGCUGGUGCAGAGCUACGAGAGCAUGGACCAGAAGCUGGGCCAGCUGGAGGUCCAGCUAGCCUACGUUGACCAGGGACAGGACCUCACCACUGUCAACAAGCAGCUCAAGAAACUACACACGAUGGAGAGCCAGAUGGAGGAGUGGUAUAAGGAGGUGGGGCAGCUCCAGGCGCAGGUGGCCUCCAUCCCACAGCAGACAAAGAUCAAGGAGACGGUUGCAGAGCGACAAGCAGUGGUGGAGGCCAGGAUGGUGCGACUGAUCGAGCCGCUGAAGGAGAGGCGGCGGAUCCUGCUGGCCUCCAAAGAAGUUCACCAAGUGGGACGAGACCUGGACGAUGAGAUCUUGUGGGUCCAGGAGCGCCUACCGAUGGCCAUGUCUCAGGAGCACGGCUCCUCUCUGCAGGCGGUGCAGCAGCUCAUGAAGAAGAACCAGACUCUUCAGAGGGAGCUGCAGGGCCACAGGAGCAGGAUCGAUGAUGUCCUGGAGAGGGCGGGGAUCAUCGCCUCCAUCCGCAGCCCCGAGGCGGACAGCGCCCGGGCGGGCCACGAGCAGCUGGCCGGGCUGUGGGCUCUGCUGUGGCACGAGACGGAGAGGAGGCAGCUGGUGCUGGACGCCAUGUACCAGGCCCAGCAGUACUACUUCGACACGGCUGAGGUGGAGGCCUGGCUGAGCGAGCAGGAGUUGCACAUGAUGAACGAGGAGAAGGGGAAGGACGAGCCGAGCACGCUGCAGCUGCUGAGAAACACCUGGUCCUGGAGCAGACCAUCGAGUGAACUACGCUGAGACCAUCGGCCUGCUUCACAGCAGUGUCGAAGCUGCUGGAGAGGCGCAUCC